AUGACUAAAUGCAAGGUUGUAUCCGAUGAUAAUGACAAUAAUAAUGAAAUUUCUCAACAAAAUGCUGAUAAAUCUAUAAGAUGGAUCCCAUUUACAGAAUUCAGUAAUUUGAUGGAAAUGGGAAAAGGUAGAUCUGGUAUUGUUUAUUCAGCAAUUUGGAAUGGCGCUCCGGAACAAAAAUAUGAUUUAGUUUGGAAUAAAAAACGCGUGGUACUCAAAGUAUUAACGAAUAGUGGGUUCAAAAAUUUAAAUUUCUUAAAAGAGUUAAGGAUUUACUAUCAAUGUAUGGACUCUUUUCGAAUACUACCAUGUUACGGAAUAAGUCAACAACCUUAUACAGAUAAUUAUAUUUUAGUAAUGCAAUACGCCAGUGAAGACCAUACAUUCGAUUGGAUUGGUUCAUCAAGAUUUUCACAGUGGGAACAUUUUAAGACAUGGUUAUGGGCACGAUAG